AUGGAACACUCUGGACAAUUAUGUUCUUUUUUUCUUCUCCCACCUAGCCGUCGCUCUCGCUCCCAUCCAGCUGUAUCCUCUCCCUCACUACCCGCCGUCUCCAUCCACCCUGCCAUCUCCUCUCCCUUACCUCCCCGCCGUCGCCUCUCCCUCCUCCCUGCCGUCGCCUCUCCUCCUCCCCGCCGUCGCCUCUCCUCCUCCCUGCCGUCGCCUCUCCUCCCCGCCGUCGCCUCUCCUCCUCCCCGCCGUCGCCUCUCCUCCUCCUCGCCGUCGCCUCUCCUCCUCCCCGCCGUCGCCUCUCCUCCUCCCCGCCGUCGCCUCUCCUCCUCCCAGCCGUCGCCUCUCCUCCUCCCCGCCAUCGCCUCUCCCUCCUCCCCGCCGUCGCCUCUCCUCCUCCCGCUGCCGCCUCUCCUCCUCCCUGCCGUCGCCUCUCCCUCCUCCCCGCCGUCGCCUCUCCUCCUCCCUGCCGUCGCCUCUCCCUCCUCCCCGCCGUCGCCUCUCCUCCUCCCUGCCGUCGCCUCUCCCUCCUCCCCGCCGUCGCCUCUCCAUCCUCCCCGCCGUCACCUCUCCCUCCCUCCCGCCAUCGCCUCUCCCUCCUCCCCAUCAUCGCCUCUCCCUCCUCCUUGCCGUCGCCUCUGGCGACAGGUGCACGAGCGCAAGCGCGAGUUGGUGCGCGAGGGUGGGUCGGUGCGCGAGCUCGAGUGGGUGCGCGAGCGCUGUUUGGUGCGUGUGCGCGAGUUGGUGCGCGACGGCGGGUCGGUGCGCGAGCUCGGGUGGGUGCGCGAGCGCUGUUUGGUGCGUGUGCGCGGGUUGGUGCGCCAGCGAGGGUUGUUUUCUGAGGCAUUGUAA